ACAUUGUAGUUUAAUGUACCAAAGGCCAUGAUGCUUUGUUAUUUGUGAUCCAUUAAUUAACCAACCAUACCAACCGCUCUCGUUCUCUCACCAUUUCAUCCCGCAAACUUCGCCAAAACAACAUAAAGAAACUGAUAUACACAAACAAGUAAAGAAAAAUAUUUUACACAAUCUUUGACAAUUAUAGAUUUUGCAAAGAAUAAAAAAGGAAGAAACUUUGGAUGCAGUGGGAAAAAGAUUCUUUAAUUUUGUUUGACAAAUUAAUCAAAAGGAGAACAUGCAUGUCACUAAUUAGAAUUUUUUCUAGCACAAUUUGUUGACCCUUCAUCAGGAUUUUCUUUUUUUGGUUGGCAGCUAUGCAAAUGGUUGGAGAUGGAAAUUUAUGUGUUUUUUCAGAAGAUCAGAACCAUUAGUGGAUGGCUAAAAAUUUAAAAAAUUCAGGGGGAAAGUCCCAUCUAGAAAUGGGAUCACUAGAAGGAAGAGCGGUACUUCAGCUUGAGGAUGAGAACCUUAUGGAUUCUAAGCAAAACGAUAAGAAGGCAUCUUCUAUGGAUGCCACUCCUCAGAUAUCCGUUUUUGAUUCCGAUACAGAUGAUGUCAGUUGUAGAUGUAUGUGGAAUAGUUUAUUAAGGCAGAUGCACAUAGUUUUGUUCUCCCAGAAGUUAAACCUACUUAUCCCUUGUGGUCUUGUGGCCAUGGUUAUUGAUACGUUGUCUGAUCAUAACAGCUGGAUCUUUUUUCUUAGCUUGCUAGGAAUCAUACCCCUUGCAGAGCGUUUAGGUUGGGCGACAGAGCAGCUGGCUUUUUAUACGGGGCCAACAGUCGGAGGACUUUUAAAUGCAACUUUUGGUAACGCAACAGAGCUAAUAAUAUCAAUUUACGCACUGAGAAUGGGCAUGAUUCGUGUGGUUCAGCAGUCAUUAUUAGGCUCAAUAUUGUCUAAUACAUUACUAGUGCUUGGGUGUGCCUUUUUUGGUGGUGGAAUUGUUCAUCCCAGUAAGGACCAGCUUUUUGACAAGGGAACCGCAGUGAUGAAUUCAGGGUUGCUUUUGAUGUCAGUGAUGGGCCUACUAUUCCCCGCUGUCCUCCAUGUUACACACACUGAGUUGGAAUUUGGGAAGUCGGAGCUGGCGCUUUCCAGAUUUAGCAGCUGCGUAAUGCUUGUUGCAUACGGUGCAUACCUGUAUUAUCAGCUAACCACUCAGAAUAAUAAUCUUUACAUGCCAAUCGCUGAGGAAGCGGGUGAGAAUGACGAGAGCCUAGAAGAGGAAGAAGCUCCUGAGAUUUCAAAAUGGGGGUCAGUCAUAUGGCUUUCGAUUUUGACAAUAUGGAUUGCAGUCUUGUCACAACACCUGGUUAAUGCCAUAGAGGGAGCAUCAGAUGCUUUGCGUAUUCCUGUUGCAUUUAUAAGUGUCAUACUGCUGCCGAUAGUUGGAAAUGCAGCUGAGCAUGCUGGUGCUGUCAUGUUUGCGAUAAAAGACAAGCUUGACAUCUCUUUGGGAGUAGCAAUAGGCUCAUCAACGCAGAUUGCCAUGUUUGGGAUCCCCUUCUGCGUGGUGAUUGGAUGGAUUUUGGGUCGUCCUAUGGAUUUGAACUUCCAAAUGUUUGAAACAGCAACGCUUUUCAUGAGUGUCCUCGUAGUAGCAUUCAUGGUGCAGGAUGGAACUUCCAAUUACUUUAAAGGACUUAUGCUCCUUCUCUGCUACUUGAUAGUCGCUGCGAGCUUCUUUGUGCAUAUAGAUCCAGAUGAUAUACAUAAUUACAUAAAGUCGAAACAGCAAUUAUAUGGCGCGAUUCUAUGGUGUGGUAGAAGGUGGCUCAGCGAUCCAAGGUUUAGGGUUUGGGGCUGAUGGUGAUGGUUGUUAUGUCUGUUUUAAUGAUUUCUAUGGUCAUUUUUGCUUGUAGGGACUCCACUACCAACGAGAAGGACGAUAAGUGGUACUAUCGUGGAGGUGGAGGAGGCGGUGGAGGAUGCUGUUGCGCUGGUGGCGGUUGUGGUAGUGGUGGUGGUGACUAAAAACUCUUGUUAUUGUUGUGGAGUCGAUAGCUUGUUCUUGGAUAAUAUAUUGAUUUUCUUUUGGAUUCUAUAGUAAUGUGUAAAAGGUAAAUGUGUAACUCUUCAAUCUUUGUGAAAAUUAACUUUGCAUAAGGAGUUUCCAAUAAGGUCGAGAAUUAGAGUUAAGACUAAUAGAUGGUCGAGUGAUGUCUAAUUUACUUUAUGAAUAAUACUACUAUUUUUUUCUUCGAUUGUAGUAUGAGAGAAUAUUUUGUUUUUGUCAUAAGUAAUCAUAGACGAUGUAUAAUGAAAAA